AUGCUGGUUCAAGUUCAGUCUGGUGAUCCGCGCGAUGACCUGCAAAUGAAAGAAGAGAGAGUUCAAUUUGAAAACGUUUGGGUGUGGAUGAAGAAGACGCAAGAGCGAUCCUGGAAGCUUAGGAGCAACUGGAGCGUGCGUAUGAGAGUGUCUGGAGAGCGGAACCACGGAGACAGUACGUGCGGAGGGAGCACCUGCCCUUUCUGGAGUUGCGUCUCCGAACAUUCGAUGAGUAUCUGGCUGCUCACACCAGCUGAAUUUACAUUCGAUGAGUAUCUGGCUGUGUGGACCGCAACUUUGCGCAUCACGCCAGGCUCACACCAGCUGAAUUUGAGGACCUGUACGAGCGUAGAGCCGGGCUGCUCCAUUCCACCACCAAUGCUUCUCUUGCAACCGGUCGGAAGAGCUUGUUCAUUUUUAUGA